AUGACCAAAAGGAUGUAUGUUGAAACUGUACUUGAGGGUAUAAAGCAGUGUAAAGAAGAAGGCUUGGAUAUAGAUGUAAGAUUGUUAAUUGCAAUAAAUAGACGAGGUGGCCCAGCAGUUGCUAAGCAGACUGUUAAACUUGCUGAAGAGUUCCUUCUUUCUGCUGAUGGGGUUGUAGUAGGACUUGACCUCAGUGGUGAUCCCACUGCAGGACAUGGUCAAGAUUUUUUGGAACCACUCUCAGAAGCAAAAAAAGCGGGUCUAAAGCUGGCAUUACAUCUUUCAGAGAUUCCAAAUCAAGAAGAGGAGACUAAAGUUCUCCUGGGCCUGCCUCCUGACAGAAUCGGACAUGGAACAUUUCUCAACUCUGCAACAGCAGGUUCAGAAGAACUAGUGCCACUUGUUCGACAGAAUCAUAUACCUAUUGAACUUUGCGUGACGUCAAACAUCAAAACUCAGACAGUGCCUUCCUGUGACAAACACCAUUUUGGGUACUGGUACAACAUCGGCCACCCUGCAGUGCUUUGCACUGAUGAUAAAGGCGUCUUUGCAACAGAUCUAUCGCAAGAAUAUGAGCUGGUUGCAAAAACAUUUAAUCUGACUCGAUCACAGAUGUGGGAUCUUUCUUAUGAAUCAAUCAACUAUAUCUUUGCUCCAAGUGUAGUAAAAUCAAAGCUAAGGGAACAGUGGUGUAAACUGAAGCCAACUCUGUUUGAUUAAUCAAACUGUUGUUCUAAACAGCUUGGAUGUAUUAGCUUAGUUAAU